AUGACCGUCUCUGGAGAUUCCAACCUCACCAACGGCGCCAGCAGCGCCGCCAACGGUGUAAAUGCUGCCAGUGGCGCAAAGCGGUCGUGGGAGGAGCUCGGCGCAAAGAAGCGCAGCGAGCUGCAGGCCUCCAUACCCAAGGAAUGGCGCAUCCCGGAGAACCUGAUGCCUCCGGAGUCACAAGACGACGUGACCGGCUGGCCUGAGACGUCUGGGUGGUUCACAGAGGAAGAGUUGGCCAUCACCAACUCGACUAUUGAAGAGCUCCUCUCCAAGCUGGCGACGGGCGUUCUCAAGUCGGAAGAUGUUACUCUGGCGUUUUGCAAGCGAGCAGCUGCGGCGCAUCAACUUACAAACUGCUUGUCCGAGACCUUCUUCGAUCGCGCCAUCGCCAUGGCUCGCGCUCGAGACCAAUAUUUUGCUGAAACAGGCAAACCAAUGGGCCCCCUACACGGCCUUCCCAUCUCGCUCAAGGACAACAUCAAUGUCAAGAGCGUUGAUUCUACAGUAGGCAUGGCGGUGCACAUCGACGAUCCAGCCAAGGCGGACGCAACGCUGGUAGAGCUGCUGGCGGAGGCCGGUGCGGUUUUCUAUGUCAAGACAAACGUGCCCACGGCCAUGAUGAUUGCUGAGACGGUAAACAAUGUCUUUGGACGCACUUUGAAUCCGAGAAACAGACAGACGACCAGCGGCGGCAGCUCUGGCGGAGAAUCUGCGCUCAUUGUCAUGAAGGGCAGCCCCGUUGGUGUUGGAUCAGAUAUCGGCGGCUCGCUUAGAAUCCCGGCUGCCUGUACAGGCAUCUUCACCCUUCGCCCUUCGUCCGGUCGUUUCCCUGUACGAAACUGCAGAUCCGGCAUGGCGGGACAAGAAGCCGUCGCAUCUGUCAAUGGCCCGUUGGCCCCGACUCUGAACGGCAUCAAACUCUAUAGCAAGGCCGUGAUUGGCGCCCAGCCCUGGUUCAGAGACCCCAAAUGCCUGCCGAUUCCCUGGAGAGAGCCAGAGCUUCCCUCAAAGCUCCGGAUCGGCGUCAUGUGGCACGACGGCAUGGUCCAGCCCACGGCUCCGGUGGCUCGCGCGCUCAAGCACACAGUCGCCAGACUCAAGGCCGCCGGCCAUGAGAUUGUGGAGUGGGAUCAUGCUGACCAAGAAGAGGGAUCCCUGUUGCUGCAGCGCAUGUUUGUGGCCGAUGGCGGCAGGACUAUCAAGUCACAGCUCGAGCCAACCGAUGAGCCCUUGAGGGACGAGAUGGCCCCCUACGGCGUCGCGAGGGAACUCGGCACGGCGGAGAUGUGGAAGCUUCACUUGGAGAGGACCGAUUUCCAGAACCGCUACUUGGAUAGGUGGAACAAGGCUGGCCUUGAUGCUCUUUUGCUGCCUACAGUACCGUUCAACACGGUCAAGAGCGGAACGUUUAAGCAUGUUGCAUACACUGGUGUCUACAAUGUGCUUGAUUACUCUGCCGUGUCAUUCCCUACCGGGUUGAAUGUAGAUCGUAGCAUCGACGUACCGCGGGAAGAUUACACUCCGCUUAGCAGCGAUUGCAAAGACGUUCACGAGACAUAUGACGCCGAUCUGAUGCAUGGGCUGCCCAUCAGCUUACAGCUUGUGGCGCGGAGGUUGGAGGAAGAAAAGGUUCUGGCCAUGACUGGGCGGGUAUUAGAAGCUUUGGCUGCGUAA